AUGUCUCGAACUAGAGAUUCUUCCCUUGUUCACCUUUACACGCCCGCAACUUUGGAUCCCGCUCCAGUUGUGCGUCGGAGAAGUAAGACUUCCAGCGCAAGCACUACUAUUAGUUACAUAUGGCCUUCCCGCUACCUGAGCAACGUAAAACCCACUCACGACAACGAUGCCACAAAUAGCGGCCUCGCCCCAGAGAGGGCUCUUGCGACAAGACGCAGUGCGAUGAUAGCGGGGGAGGCAGAAACUCUUCAAUCUGAAGGUGGAGCUCGAUCAGAAGAGAAUCAAUCUACUACUUGCGUAGCUUUGCCGGUACGCGUUGACUUUAUCGGUGGCAAGAAGAUUAUAUGGCUUGAAAGGAACGGUUUUGCGAAAGUUGAGUUACUGAACUUGUAUGAGGGUGCCUCGUUAGAUCGAGUGCAGAAGACGACAUUGGUCUGCGUGGUACGAUUUUAG